AAGACCCAUGAAGCGGUAGGGCAUGAGGACCCAGGGGCGACUGAGUGGAAGGGCUUGAGUUCUUCCAUUGCUACCACUGCUGUUGAGCUGAGUGAGUGGGACAGCAGGAGCAGGAGAAGAUGCUUAUGGCCCGAGACACGGCGCGGGAUGAGGCCCAGAAGCUGCACAGGAAGUGGCUGAAGCACCAGGCCUUUAUGGCAGAGCUGGCCCGCAACAAGGAAUGGCUGGCCAAGAUAGAACAGGAAGGGCAGGAGCUGAUCCAGGAGAAGCCAGAGCUGCGCUCUGUGGUGCAGCAGAAGCUAGAGGAGAUCAGGGAGUGCUGGUCUGAUCUGGAGAACACCACAAAGGCCAAAGCUCGGCAGCUGUUUGAGAACAACAAGCCUGAGCCGGCUGUCAAGAGCUACUCAGAUCUGGACAGUCAGCUCUCCCACCUGGAGCAGCAGCCCCCUCAGCUGGAGCAGGCCCACCACCUGCCCACCUUCAACCAGCAGCUGCAGAAGUUCCAGGCAAUGGAGUCUCAGAUUGGGGACUUCUAUAAAGACGUGGGGGACCUGGGGGCCUUACAGGGGGUGUGCCUCCCGCAGAGAGGCCUGAUGUCAGGAGAGCAGGAGGGAGCGGAGCAGCCCGGGAUGGUUGAGACACGCAUCGUCCGCCUCAUCGAGCCCCUGAAGGAACGCCGCCGCAUCCUGCUGGCCUCAAAGGAGAUGCACCAAGUAGCACAGGACCUGGAGGAUGAGAUACUGUGGAUUCAGGAGAGACUUCCUUUGGCGUCAUCUAAGGAUUUUGGAAACAACCUGCAGAGUGUCCAGCAGCUUGUUAAGAAACACCAGACCCUCCAGAGGGAGCUCACAGGGCGGCGUGCGCGGGUUGAGGAGGUGCUAGACCGUGCGGGCAUCAUCGCGUCGCUCCGGACGCCGGAGGUGGAGUUUGUGCGCGAGGGGGCGGGGCAUGUGCGGCAGCUGUGGGAGGUGCUGCAGCUGGAAACAGAGAGGAGGGCUGUGCUCCUGGACGCCACGCUCCAGGCUCAGCAGUAUUACACAGAGGCUGCCAAAGUGGAGUCCUGGCUCUCUGAGCAGAAGCUGCAGCUGGCCAAUGAGGAGAAGGGCACGGAUGAGGCCAGCACGCUGCAGCUGUUGAAGGCUCAUCUGGCUCUGGAGCAGACAGUGGAGACAUACGCAGAGACAGUGGGCAUGCUCUCCCAGCAGUGCCAGUGCCUUUUGGGCCUGGGACAUCCUGACAGUGAGCAGAUCACCAAACAACAGUCCCACAUAGACCGGCUAUACGUGUCUCUGAAGGACAUGGUAGAACACAGGAAGACCAAGCUGGAGCAGCAGUACUGGCUCUAUCAGCUCAAUAAGGAGGUGGAGGAGCUGGAGAAGUGGAUCACAGAACGGGAGACAGUGGCCAGCUCUACAGAUCUCGGCAAUGAUCUAGAGGAAGUCACAGUCCUUCAGGAGAAAUUUACCAAAUUUGCCACAGAAACUAACAAUAUUGGGCAGCAGCGGUUGGAACAGGUGAACAAAAUGGUGAAUGAGAUGAUAGACUGUGGGCACUCUGACGCUGCCACCAUCGCCGAGUGGAAGGACGGCCUGAAUGAGUCCUGGGCCGACCUCCUGGAGCUGAUGGAGACCCGCAGACAAAUGCUCGCUGCCUCACACCAACUACACAAGUUCUUCACUGACUGCAAAGAGAUUUUGGCUCAAAUCAUGGGGAAGAUGAAGCAGUUGCCAGAGGUGAGGGCGUGCCAAGCCAAUAUCACCAACCCAGCCACCCUGCAGAGACUCAUGCACUCCUUUGAGCACGCCCUUCAACUCUUAGUUGCACAGGUGAGGCAGAUGCAGGAGAACGCAGCCCAGCUCCGAACCAUCUAUGCUGGGGAGAAGGCAGAGGCCAUCAUGGUCAAAGAGCAGCAGAUCAUGGAGGCCUGGAGAGAGCUGCUGAGCUCCUGUGAGGCCAGCCGUGUCCAAGUCACCUCCGUCACCGACAAAGUCCAGUUCUUCUCUCUGGUCCGAGAACACCUCAUGUGGAUGGAAGGCGUCAUGGGACAGAUUAUGUGGGAUGAGCCAAGGGAUCAGACAUCUUUGGAGCUAAUGAUGAGACAACACCAGGAACAAAAAGCCAAAAUAGAAAACCGCAGCAAGACCAUACAGCAAUGUGCAGAUCUGGGCAAAAUCCUCAUCGCUGCAGGCAAUCCGGCAUCUGAGGAGAUCAAGGAGAAGUUGGACAGUCUUCUGGCAAAACAAAACGCUCUGAAUGAGAAGUGGGAAAAACAUCAAGAAAGAUUGCUAUGUAAGCAGGAGCACUUCCAGUUUGCGCAGGAAACAGUGAAGGCAGAGGCGUGGCUAAAGGCCAAAGAGCCACUGAUCACGUCCCGGGAGGAGGAGGGGGGGCAGGCCCAGGCCCAGACAGACGAGGUGGAGCAGCUCAUCCUCCGUCAUGAAGCCUUCCGCAAGGCUGCUGUAACCUGGAAAGAACGCUUCAGCUCCCUCCGCCAGCUUUCUGCAGCUGAGAAGAAAAAGGAAGAGGAGAAGAAGAUGCCUCUGUCCAGCCGUAGAAUGUUCCCAUUGUCCUGUCUGACUCCUGGUGCUUCCUCUUCUUCUACCUCUCCUUUCCUGAGGCAGACGGUACAGGCCCACAUUGAACCCAAACCUUUACAGAGUGCUCUAGAGCUGGGAGCCACCCCUGCGUCCCAGAGACUGUCCGCAGCCCUGAGCGGCUACAACCCAGUCCUGAACGGAUCAGGCUUCCACUCACUCGACCAGCAGGGAAGCGUCAAGAUCAGCAGCUCCUCAUAUUUGGGGAUGAACCACCUCACACCUGCCUCUGCCGUGGACACGGGUCUGUCUGCACUGACUGCUCAUUGUGCAACAGCUGACGUCCCGUCUUAUCUUGGAUCAAACCAUCAAACGGGAGCCAUCGGGGAGACCUCUGGGUACUUUGGACUGACUGCUGCUGGUGGUUCUAUCCAAAACCAUUUAGGCAGUGGGAGACUGGGAAGCUCUGGAAAUCUAGCCCAGCCUCCUGGAGGUGGAGGACUAUCCAGUCCAGGCUUUCUCUCUCAGCCACAGAGCAUGGGCAGUUCUGGAUAUCUGGCACAAACACAAAACAUAGGAGGUUCUGGAUAUGUGGCUCAGCAGCCCAAUUUAGGGAGUUCGGGAUUCUUGGCACAACAGUCUCAUUUGGGGAGUUCUGGAUUCUUAGCACAGAAUUAUCAGGGCAGUGGGAGCUUGGGCAGCUCAGGCUUUCUGGCACAAAAUCACUACAGCAGUGGCAGUCUGGGCAGUUCUGGUUACCUGGCCCAAAGCGGGGGCAUUAUGGACCCUAAAAUGGCCUACGCGUGGCAGCACCUGAAGGCUGACUUCAUGCAGCCCAGAAUCAACCACAUACACAAGGCAGUGAACCCGCUCCUGGAGGCCAGCAGGAUCCAGCGUGAGCAGUAUGGAGACAUCCCCAUGGCUGACAUGGGCCCAGAGUCUGGGCUGGAGUUACUACACGGACGUCUGCAGAGGGACCCCCGUGGCAGCCGCUCUGACCCCCAGAUGGACCAUCUGCGGCGGGAGCGGGAGUACAAGCUGGGCCGUCAAACCUCCAGUGAGCAGGAGAUUCAAGCCAGGCUCAACGAACUGCCCAUGAUUGUGCGACAGGAGCGCUACCGCAGACGAUUAGAGAGGCAGUCGUCCAGUGAGCAAGAGGGGAGCGGCAAACAGCGGAUACCGAGGCAAGACUCCAGCGACCUGGAGGGAUCAGGGAAGGAGGGGUCUGACAAACGCUCAGGAGAGAAGAGAUCCACCAUGGCAGAGAUCGUAGAGCAGGUUCAGGAGCGAGAAGCUGCACAUGCACGUGGGGAGCCUUAUCGGCCUCCCAGCAGCCUCUCUGCUCCUGUCACCAGAUUUGACGGGCGUCCUAGAGCCAGAGACCGGCCCAAACCCAGAAGAAGGCCCCGCCCAAAAGAACCAGAGGAGCCCAGGCGGUCCCGAUCUGCUCCAGCCACCGGUGCACCCACUACGCCUCAGCCCCCCUCUCACACUGCCCAAAAUGAAGGCUUCCUCUACCGCAAGAAAGCCACCACUGCUGAGCUAGAAGCUACGCAGAGGAGCCCCAACAGUAAGACCUGGGUGAAUGUCUACUGUGUGCUGAAAGAUGGGAAGUUGAGCUUCUACAAAGAUGCAAGAAAUCACAAUACAACUUACAAUGAAGAGCCAUCUGUGGACAUGUGCAACUGCACGUUUGACCCGUCCAUGGGAUACAAGAAGAAGAAGAACGUCUUCAUCGUGCAAGUGAACGAUGGAAACAACUUUAUAUUCCAUGCGAAAGAUGAGGAGGACCUUAAGGCCUGGACAUCUAACAUCACCGCCGCUAUAUCAGAGCAUGAGACCAUGGCUAAGUGGGACCAGCCUGGUACCUCUGGUCUGGAGGCAGAUCGCUCGGAGCGAAAGGAGAAAUCGGAGGGUGACGCUGAUGCCCGCUCAGAGCGCUCAGAACUGGUGGAGGGAGAGGAGCGUUCCGAGAAGGAGAGGUCAGAGAAAGGAGACGGCUCGGAGAAGCUAGACACAUCAGAAAUUGCAGAUAAAUAUGAGGGUGGGGCUGGGGGCUCUAGCACCUCUGGAAAGAGCAAAUGAGGAGUCCCAGUGACUUCACUAACUAAAGGUGUGGAGCUUUGGGUGGAUUCACGGAUGGAUGUUGAGAUGGACGGGGAGCAUGCGCAGCUAGGUUUUAAGAGCCUCAGUGACUCUGGAACACACUGAGGCCAUUGAACUGACUCAACUGUGACAGACUCAUCUCAGCCCCUCCCCUUCACCCAGGCAAUACAGGAGCGCCACCUGCUGGUAGAGAGGAGGUGGGCCGAGACACACAGUCAGACUCCAACAUUUGUUCCAGGAAUUAGUCACUGUCACGUCUCAUUGUUGAUAGUUUAAUCUCUUGGAUUCACAGCAUUUUUCUGUAUGUAUCUUUGACUGAUAAUGUAAUGCUCUGUCUAUCUAGACAACUUGAGAAGUGGUGAAUGACAUUUCACAAUAUUUAAAAAAAAGUUUUUUGAAGCAAUAUACUUUUUUAUUUAUUCUCUUUGUUAGAGUGAGAAAAUGGAAAGGAAACAAGAAUUACUUGCAAAUGUAAACUGAUUUGUCACACCCACAUAAGCAGUGGGGCACCUUAACACAGACCUGUGUAAAGUAAACAUGUAAUCCCAUUGCACCACUAGCUUUGAGUGAUGUUAAUAUAACGGAAUGCUGGUGUAACUCUCUGAGCUCAUCAUGUCAGUAAAUAGUCAUGGCCACUAUUCACUUUAAGUUCUGUUACUAUCAUCAAGAUCUUUAUAAUUCUUAUUUUCCUAAUGCCAGGCGAAGAGUCUCUAUCAAAUUCAAAUUUAAUACAUGAGGUGUGAAGUGACAAUGCUCAAAGUAACAGUAAGCUUACGUAACACAAUGCCUUUGUAUACAUGAUGAAAACCCAAGCAUUGCAUGAAAUAGUUUAUUAGUGCUCCCGUUUAACUUGCUUUUAUUUUACGUUAUUGAAACCAUUUGGGCAGAACAGAGCAGAACUGCAAUAAGAGAAUGUGAGGCGGAGAGUCUGUGCGCUGUUUGCAGUCGCUAUUCAGAGGAGUGGGAUGUAUGGUCAGACCAGAGAAAAGUCUUUGAUCUGUGACUUCUAGGCCAAAAUGGCCACCUUAUUGUUUGUAAUAUUGACUUUUAUUCACAGAAUGUAAAGAGUUCAGCUGUAAAAUGUUGCACCACAGCUGAUGCAGUGGUGCCCAAAAUGGUAAACCACUAAACAACAUAGAAUGGACCACUCUGUGUUUGAAUCCAGACAUUCAGCAGAUCG